UAAGCUCUCCGCAUAGACAUUCUUUAUACCAUAACCUCGUUAACUUAAGUGACGUAAAACAUUCUUAUAUCUAAUCGUGUAUAGUGGUCGUGUAUCGAGGACUUAGUACCGCUGCAUUGGAGCCUGUGAUAGCGAACUUAUGGUUUAACCUUGCUUGCUGCAUUUAUUAUUCAGUGGCUGCGCUGAACUAUGGCCAGGAUGGCGCCCUUUACAGGUAAUCAUGAGGAUUCAAAACAUCUCCAUUGAUAACGGCAAUGUAGUCAUCAAUAAUUCAAACACCAUUUUGUCUCAAGAUAUCACAAAUAGAAGCUACUUGGUAUCAGAGAAUCCGAAUUUUAUCACAAAUACUAACGUAGAUGAUAACGUCCAAUUUAAUUCAAAUUAUAACAUAUAUUCUAAUAACACGGUGGAUUGCGAAGUUGCAAUUAUAGAUUCUAAAAGAAUAUUGGAGGAAGAUUUGAAGAGUAGAAUAUACAACAUACAAUAUCAAUUGAACAAUCAGAAUGUAGAUUUAACAGCAAGCCUCUGCAAAAACAAAAAUUAUAACGGCAAUCAACCAAUCGACACCACCUGGGCUGAAAACUGUAAAGAUCAAGCUAAUGAUUCCACAGAAUCAACGCCAGCAGACGAGGAACGUGCGUUUGAUAUAUCUGAUACAGAUGAAAUGUCUGAGAAAAAAGUUCAUCCUGUACCCAGAGGAAUUGUAAAUCCAAAUUAUCCAGGUUUCCAGCACUUAGCACAUACGCUACAGGACUAUUCUUCGAAUAUUGGAUCUUCUUAUUAUUCAGAAAAUGAGAUGACGGACGACGAUUUGGAUAUCGAAAUUAUUGACACCACACCGUAUAACAUCAAUGGAAAUCUAAUGAAAGAGGAAUUUAAUAGCAUCAAUAACAAUAAAAAUAACGAAGCCAAGGCAAAUAGAAAACAAAAAAAUAACUCGCUACUAGACAUAGAUAAAUCUGAAACAACUUCAAGAAAUGAUGACAUGCCAGAUCUCUUAAAAACGAUUUCGCAUAAUAAUAACAAUAUCGACUCAAUUAACUACGACUUGAAUUGUUCAGCUAUUGAUAUUGAGAAUAAUUUUCACACAAAAGAUAUUAUAGGUGACUUUAACAAGGAGAUUGAAGAUGAAAUUAGACAAUUAUUAAAUUAUAAUAUAAAUAUAGAAGAUGAUCUGGAAGAAUUAAGGAAAGAUAUAAAAGACACUUUUGCUAAACCAAUUGAAAAUACCAUUAAUAACAUAAGCGAAGUCGUAAAUGAUGUUAUUAAAAAACUAGUAGAAAAUGACGGAAAAUGUGAAGAAGAAUCACUUGACAAUAUAAACGAUCAUGAAAUGAAAGAUAUUACAGACAUGGAUAAAGAAAAUGAAAAUAACACAAGGACAGAAAUGAAUAUAAGUAGGCCUACAUUUUUGUUAAUUGAAAAUAAUAUUGAUAAUAACAUAAAAGACGCAAUAUUAUCAGAUGGUAAAGAUGAAAUCAAUAUUUAUGAAGAAGAAUAUAAUACCGAACAACUGAGUAAUAAUGUUGAAAAUACUAUCAAACAAUUAAGUACAGAGUUAAGGAAAAUAAUACCAAAAUUGAAUGAAAUGCGUGAGCGAGAUAAAUUAUGGAUGGAGAAUAAAAAGGAGAUUAUAACCGAUAGUAACUCUAACAAUAUAAUAACAGGAUCUCUAAACUGUACUGGAGGAACUAGCAAUUACUUAAAACAAGAUAAACUAAAGAGAAACACACAAGAGAGUUUUAUAACUACAAAUCAUGAGCGUUCAAUCAAAUCAUUUGUCGAACCCAAAAUUCGACACACUGCGACAAAAGCAAUCUCAAAAGCUCAAAACAUCGCAUCCGUCCGUAAAAAUAUUGCUAAUAAAGAAUCCGAUUUCGAGAGCUUUGAUGUCUAUAAUAUAGAAACAGCCCUACCGAAGUUAGAUUUGGAUGCAAUCGAAAACCAUAUAAAAGCAGCUAAGGAUGCCGAAAGACGAAAACGCAAUGACAGGGAAGAGAUUAGGAAACGGUUGGCUAUGGGUGUUGAUAGUGAAGAGUAUUACAGUCUAGGUCACAUAGACCGUCCAGGAAAGAAACCCAGCUUACAUUCCAGACUUCAAAAUGGGAAAAAUCUACAAAUAUGCUUUAUGAACGAAACAGCCUCCGAUAAUGAAUCUCAAGCAUCUGACAUUAUAGAGAGAAAUUUCAACUGCAAUAGUAAAAGUUCAUCACGAUCGAGUCUAUUUAGCAAGAACAGUUUUAAUCAUCCAUACCAAACAAGACCAUUGUCAGUUAAUAUUACAAAAAAUGACAGUAAUACAAACACACUGGGUGGUGCAAAACUUCGUCCAACAUCUCUUACAUUAAAAGCUACAAAAUCUCGAUCAACACAUUCACUAGGACACAUUGAUAUGAAAGAGUCGGAUUUCUUCGCUUUACAAGCAACUCUACAGACAGAGGCCCGAAUAGCACUGGCUCAGGCGAAGGAAAUGGCUCGAAUACAAAUGGAGCGAGAACGUCACGCGCGUGCAGUAUCGCCGGUCACAGAAAUGUUGCAACGCAGUAUGGAAAAGGCAAACGCGCCUCUCGCGCCUGACCGCCGCCGUGUUUCGCGACACUUGCUCACCGACAUGAACAUCGCACAGUUGCAGGUGAUUGUGAACGAGCUGCAUUCGCAGAUUGAGUCGCUGAACGAUUCGCUUGUGAAACUGUUGAUGGCACGAGACGAGCUGCAUAUGGGACAGGACUCUAUGCUCGUCGAUAUUGAGGAUCUCACCAGAUAUUUAGGAGUAAAAGAGCAGACCAAGAAAACCAAAGGCACCACAAAGUCCGGAGUAAAGAGGCUCACAUCACUAGUGCACAAAUAAGUACACUACGCUACUCUAUACAUAUAUAUUGAGUAUAUUAUUAACAUUAUGGGUCCCAUGUAAAGUCUUACCAAACCUGUUUAAUCUUAAACUAUCUUUGUGUAUUUACUAUUUACUCUUGCAACAAUCCAUUAUAAUAUUUACUUGUAUUUCGAUACAGUUUUAUCGGAUCAGAAUUUAUGAAUAAUUAUUAUAAUUCGUUUAACAAUUUUUCUAAAAGUCUACUCGAUAAAUAAUACUGCAGGAAUUAUUUUAUUUACAAAGCUACAAAAAAAAUACAAUAUAAAAAUUACCGAAUGGUGAAAUUAAUAUGAAUCCUACAGCAUAAGUGAGUGUUUGAAAACUUUGGAACUGAAAUGUAUCUUGAAAUUAAAUGUCACAUUAAAGUUUAAUUGAUGCUUUGUCAGCAUUUUCAGUACAGCGCACUAAGUUUGACUCAGUGCGGUGUACUGUGUGAAAAAAUGCUGGAAGGUUAACAUUUCAGUAUGAAACUAAAGUUUUAUAAUCAAUUGAAAAUUUGAAUGACACUUCAUUCAACAUUUAUUGUAAUUACAAUAAAUCUUACAGUUUUGAAGUGCUCUUGACCCUAUGUAAAUACCCUGACGAUGUAACUACAUGCAACACUCGGCUAAUCCAGAAAGUUCCAGAAUAUAAUAAUACAUAUUUAUGGUAGUCUUAGUCUACUUAUUUCAGUUCAUGCAAUCGAAUAAAAUAAAAAUUAAUAACAAUUACCAUGUAUUUAGUCAAAUUUACUAAGUUAUAUUGUUGUGGUACUAUAUUUUAAGAAAUCGCUGCGUCUGGCUUUACGACACAUUGUUUUGGUGCUUGCUAAUUUAAUUUUGUGUAAUAUUAAUGUAUGUAUAUCCGACAGUAAAGGUACUUUUCCAAUACAUGUAAGGUUUAUGGCUAUCAAAAUAUUUUGAUAUCAGAGUAAAUGUGUCUACAUACCAAAGCCGAUAUGCUGACACUACAUGACGGCUUUGUUGCCGACGGCCUCACAUCUAGUUAACAAUUUGGAAAACACGCGGGACGCUUGUUGCCGACAAGAUAAGAAAUGUGUCCGCGAGUCGGCGGCUUUGUUGUGUAGACUCCUUCAAAUGGAUUUCAUUGUAUUGUUUUUUUAUUGCAGAACCUGAGAUGCUUGCGAUUUGUGGAAUAUGGCCCCUUAGCCAAGUUGACUGUUAUCUAUAGCAGUUUAAAGAGUUCCCAAAUAGUAGGAGGUCGCGUAGACUUAGUUCGGCAGGCCGGUUGCCUGAUAUUUCGUUACUACAACAACGAUAGUAUAACAUAAAAUUAAUGAACAAAUAGUGUAGAGUUCGUGAAUUUGGGUGUUUAAGAGUUAAGGAGAGUAGAGUGAGAAGCUUGGCUCCACAGAAAAAUUAAUAACUUUUUGGCAGUGUGAGUCAUAUAUUUUCGUUUUGGCAUGUUUGGCAUUUUCCAUGAAAUGUAUUUGGUGGGUAAAUUUUUACCCGAAUCUGAGAAAGUAAUUCUUAAUUAAAUUAUCAGCCUGAUCAGAAUGCCCGUCGACUUGGCUAAGUGGGCCUAUGUAGUUAAAUCAACUUGAAAUAUGGAAACGUACUUUUGGAACGCUCUGCUUAUAAUCGAUUUAUAUAUAAUCAUCGCGUUGCGUAACAAAAGUAUGUUUCUCGAUUUCUCCAUACUUAAGAUUAAAUAUGGGAUCAUAUUAACUCGCUUGGUGUUAAUAUUUGUUAUAAAUUUAUUGUAAAGCAUUUCCUAUUGUGAUGUUGUAUUAUGGUGCCAUUGACGACUUAAAGUGCCGUAAAAUUAGACGCAUUGUAUCGUUCCCGCCAUGAUAUUACAUAAUCAUUGUUAUCAUUACAUUUUAUGAAUAUAAUAAACGGUGAAAUAUGAUUAAAAAUAUUGACCGAUUUGAACAGGUUUAUAGAUCUCUAGUGAACGUAUUAUUUGUAUAUUUUGUUACAAAUGGUGUUACUAUAUUCCAUAAUAGAAUGUAAGGUUUCUUUGUAAUAUUUCAACAUUAUAUAAUUAUAUAUUCACGGGUCCGCUUUAAAAUAGAUGCUAAUUAUUCAUCUAGGGUAUUAUAUAUAUUAUACAUAUAUAUUUGCGAUUUGCAUAUUAGAGAAAUAUUUUUUCAUGAUAGUGCUCAUUUUAUAGAAUAGUUAAUCAUUUUCACGCCUGUGAGGCUAACAACAACAGGGUGAAAAUAUAUGUCGUUCAAAUUGCAACAAAAUGUUGAUAUUGAAAAAAAAACUAAUUAUUACUCCAACACACACACACACAUUUUAGGUAUAAUGAUGCGACUUCAUUUAUGAAACAUUAUACUAUAAAUAACAAUCCUAUUGCUCAAAACAUAAACCGUAAUUGUUAAGAAAAGAUCUGACCGAUAUGUGAGCAACUGCGAU